GAAUUAUAUACACACUUUCCGCAGCGCUAAUUCGGAUGAGAGUUUCUCGUAUUUACAUAAAUACCUGAAUUGGAAAAUCGAGGUGUGACGUGGCUGUGAUUAUAUCUGCACUCAUAUCGAGCUGAUUUCCGAUCAACUCGCUUCGGUUUUUUUGAUUGAAAUCCUCAAGGACUGACCAAAACUAUUUUUUGGCCAUGGCUGAGACGGCAGCAGCCCCCGCGUCCAAGCCCAAGAAGUCAAGAAAUGCCAAGAAAUCGACGUCGCAUCCCAAAUACUCCGACAUGAUCAAAGCGGCCAUCGUCGCGGACCGGAGCCGAGGAGGCGCGUCGCGUCAGUGCAUCCAGAAGUACGUGAAAAAUCGCUACAAGGUGGGAGAUAACGCAGACUCCCAGAUCAAACUCGCCCUCAAGCGUCUGGUGUCCAACGGGUUCCUGCGCCACACCAAGGGCAUCGGAGCUUCGGGCUCCUUCAAGCUGGCCAAAGCGGAGGACGCCAAGAAGCCCAGGAAACCCAAACCGGCGUCGGUGAAAGCCAAGAAGCCAGCCAAACCCAAGAAAGCUCCCAAGCCCAAGAAAGUGGCGAAGUCUCCCACGAAGUCCCCCACGAAGACCAAGAAAGCCGCACUGAAAAAAGUGAAGAAGGCGGCCGAGAAGAAAAAGUCACCCGUCAAAGCCAAGAGAGUUGCCAAGAAGGCGAAGGUGGCCAAACCGGUCAAGGCGAGGAAAGCGAGGAGGGUGAAAACGGCAAAACCCAAACCAAGAACAGCGGCCAGGAGAACGGGCAGAAAGAAGUAAACAAACUCCAUUCCGCCGGACUGACUUUUACAGAACUCAAUAUAGACACUUUUUGAAGGGGGAGGGGGGCAUAUUGUUAUUUUUGUAAAGUCUUUGUGCGCGGACUUUUUCCAAAAACUUUUUUUGUGCACAAUUGUCAGUUUACAAAGAAGAAGAAUCCGAGAUAUUUACAUUUGAAACGCAUAAGCAGUUAUUUAUUUUUAAUUUUUUCUGUUGAACAUUUUUUUUUGUGUGUGUUGUACACAUACUAAUUGGGAUAUGUCGCAACAAUAAGAUGUUAAGAAAUAUUCGUAGGUUAUUCGAGGACUGUGAAAGAAAAACAUCUCAUUGUUUAUUUGGAGAACGGUGCUGACGAUGAUGUACAAAACCGAACCAACUUAGUGACGUGGACUGUUGUAGUCUAGACUGUCAUGUUCCAUUGAUGUCCAAUAAUACUGUCAUCGCGUAAUAUUUCGCAUCAAUAAACUUCUCAUUUUACGA